AUGUAUCGUCUUGCAAUCAACUCUGCCAUGCGACCCGCAGUCCGCACAUCCAUCCCAGCUGCUAGAGCAUUCACUGUAUCAGCACGCACUAUGGGCGAGGGAGACACCGGCGCUGCCAGAUUUGGCGGCCAGCAAGAUGCCUUUACCAAACGCGAAAAGGCUAAUGAGGAUUACACCAUCCGUCAACGUGAGAAUGAGAAACUCUUGGAGUUGAGGAAGAAAAUUACCGAACAACGUGAUCACUUAAAGAAACUCGAGGACCACAUUUCCGAAAUUGAGAAGCAAUCUGGUGGCGAGCAGAACUAA